UUCCCGACGGACACAUUUCCUCAACGUACGUUUACUUCCUGUUUAGCACCGAGGCACCAACGUGGGUUCAGUAGAAUUCCCAGCUUUGUUAAGAUUAAAAAAUGCAAAUAUCAAGUGUGAAUGAUGUGAAAAUCUAUAAUUUAAGCCAUGGAAAGUCACUGCCAGAGUGGCUGACAGAUCGUAAGAAGAGACAACUGCAAAAGAAAGAUGUUGACAUCCAGCGCAGGAUUGAGCUCAUCCAGGAUUUUGAGAUGCCCACAGUGUGCACGUCCAUAAAGGUAUCCAGAGAUGGGCAGUUCAUCCUGGCAGCAGGGACUUACAAGCCCAGGAUUCGAUGUUAUGACACCUACCAGCUUUCGUUGAAGUUUGAACGCUGCUUGGAUUCUGAUGUUGUGGCCUUUGACAUACUGUCUGACGACUACUCAAAGCUUGUGUUCCUGCACUCUGACCGUUAUGUGGAGUUCCAUUCCCAGCACGGUCACUACUACAAAACACGAAUUCCAAAGUUCGGAAGGGAUUUUUCUUACCAUUACCCCUCGUGUGACCUUUAUUUUGUCGGAUCUAGUUCCGAGAUCUAUCGACUGAAUCUUGAACAAGGCCGCUUUCUGAACUCACUUCAGACAGAUGCUGUGGAGCACAAUGUGUGUGACAUCAACCCUGUCCAUCAUUUGUUUGCCAGUGGAACCUCUGAGGGAAAGGUGGAAUGCUGGGACCCUCGUGUCUGGAAGCGAGUGGGCCUUCUGGACUGUGCCCUGAGCAGCCUCACAGAAGGAAUGGAAGUUCAGAGUUUGCCCUCAAUAAGUGCACUGAAGUUUAGCGGUUCGCUCAUCAUGGCAGUAGGCACCAGCACUGGUCAGGUGCUGUUGUAUGACCUGCGCUCCAGCCAGCCGCUGCUUGUAAAAGACCACUUCUACAACCUGCCCAUCAAGUCUCUCAAUUUCCAUGACCAAAUGGACCUGGUUGUGUCGGCAGACGCUAAAAUAAUAAAAAUCUGGAACAAAGACAGUGGCAAAAUGUUUUCCUCAAUCCAGCCUGAGAGCAACAUUAAUGAUAUUUGCAUGUACCCCCACUCAGGUAUGCUUUUCACCGCCAAUGAAGAUCCAAAGAUGAACACAUUCUACAUUCCGGCUCUUGGCCCAGCACCUCGUUGGUGCUCCUUCCUAGAUAACCUGACAGAGGAGCUGGAGGAGAGCCCUGAGAGCACUGUGUAUGACGACUACAAGUUUGUCACCCGCAAGGACCUGGAAACUUUGGGUCUUUCUCAUCUGGUGGGGUCAUCCCUCCUGAGGGCGUACAUGCAUGGCUAUUUCAUGGACAUCAGGCUCUACCAUAAGGUCAAAAGCAUGGCAAAUCCUUUUGCUUAUGAGGAGUAUCGUAAGGAUAAGAUCCGACAGAAGAUUGAAGAGACGAGGACCCAGAGAGUACUGGUUAAGGCAUUGCCCAAAGUCAACAAGGAGCUGGCUCUGAAGCUGAUGGAAGAGGGUGACGAAGUGGAGUUGGCUUCCAGGAAAAAGAAGGGCAAGGCUCUACCCACCAUUUUGGGCGACAACCGUUUCAAGGUGAUGUUUGAAAACCCAGACUAUCAAGUGGAUGAGCAGAGCGAGGCGUUCCGCCUGCUCAACCCCAUCGUCUCCAAAGUUAGCCAGAAGAGGAAAAAGCAGUUGCGGCUACUAGCUCAAGAUGCUACUUCACAAGAGGAUCAGGAAAAUGAGGAGGAGGGUCGAGCCAGUUCUGAGGAGGAAAGCUCAGAUGAUGAAAAGAGCUGGGUGGAGGAGGUGAGGGAGCAGCGGAGACUGCUCUGGCAAGAGGAGCGAGACCGCCAGUAUCAGCAGAGGAAGGACACUGACCGCAACACAGUCCUGCUGGAGACCAAAUGCAGUGAAGGGCAGAAAAGCUUCAUCACGGCUGAGAACAAGAAGCGGAGCCAGCCUCAGUUCUAUCAGAUUAAAAGCGGGGAGGAGUUUCGCAGUUUUAAUGACGUGUCACGCAAGAAGAAACUUCAGAAGGCAUCCCUGGAGGAGCGUCUGAAGUUAGAGGAACACUCUGGAACCAGCAACGUGGCUGACACCACAGUGGGCAGCAAACAGCUUACUUUUAGACUCAAAAAGUCUGAGCAGCAAAGGAAGCAGCAGCAGGCGGAGCGGGACCACCACGAGGAGAGGAAGAAGCUAAGACGAUCAGCCGGACACCUGAGCAGCGCCCGUGGGAGGGGCUGGGCAGGUGGCAGAAGAAGAGGACGAGGACGAGGAAGAGGACUGCACUGAGGAGAGAAGCCCCAUCUGCAGCUCAAGUCAAAGCGACACCAAUUAGACAGAUGUCCUGAAUAGCUAAAGAUUGUUGUUUUUAAAACACGUGUCAAGUGGUCAAGGCUGAAACUCACAACAGACGGAUGUAUGUAUGCUUUCAUUUAUAUAUAUAUAUAAAUGAAAGCAUACAUACACAUACAGUCCCCUCCAAAUUUGAACAGCAAGGUCAAUUCAUUUGUUUUUGUUGUAUACUGAGGACAUUUACGUUCAGAUAAAACAAAUUAAUAUGAGACAAAAGUUCAGAAUUCCAGCUUUCAUUUCAUGGUAUUUACAUCGAGAUGUGUUAAACAACAACAGAGAAUCCUUUGUUUGAAACCACCCACUUUUCAAGUGAGCAAAAUUAUUGGAAGAUGUGAUUGAUGGGUGUUUUCCAGUUGUUCUGGUGUUGCCUUUUAGAUUGAUUGCUCAAACAUUAGCUAGUGCUUGUUUUUGGCUUUGGGAUUUACCUAUGAAAACUGCAUUUGCUAUUAAGCAAACAUGAGGACCCAAGUGGUCUAUGGGAGAAAAGCAAACCAUUUUGAAGCUGAGAGGAGGGAAACUCAAUCAGAGCUAUUGCACAAACAUUGGGCAUAGCCAAUACAACAAUUUGGAAUGUCCCGAAAAAGAAAGAAACUACUAGUGUACUGAACAACAGACAUCGAACAGGUCGGCCAAGGGUAUCAACAGCAGUUGAUGAAAGAAACAUUGUGAGAGCUGUGAAGAAACACCCAAAGACAAGUCACUGAUGUCACUGCCAACCUGCACAUGGCAAGGAUGAAGGUAUCACAUUCGUAUAUACUGUAUACAUGUAUAGAUACAGCGGCUGAAAUAAGUAUGUAACACGUCACCGUUUUUCUCACUAAAUAUAUUUUCAAAGUUGCUAUUGACAAAUUAUUACCAGAUGUUGGGGACAACCCAACUAAUCCAUACAUUAUAAGAAAGAAGAACAAAUAAGAUCAUAAAUUAAGUUGUAUGUAAUGUGAAAUGACACGGAAAAGGUAUUGAACACAUGAAGAAGGGGAGGUGCAAAAAGGCAUGGAAAGCCAAGACAACACCUAAAAUCUCACUGGGGAACACAAUUUGUUUUGAUCGGUUUGACAGCUGUGUUUAACAAAAAAAACAGCUUUCUGUUUGCAGGUAUUGAUAGUACUGACCUAUUGGGAGCUGCACACACCUUUCACCUCUCAAUUGUGACUGCAAAAACAAAUUCCCAUGUAGCUGUACAUAAGUCCAAUCGUAAUCUGCUAGCUACUUACUACAGAGAAUCAGUGGAAUUUUGCUUAUCUGGAGGGUAAGCUGUGGAGAAAGAACUUGACGUGCUAGAAAAAAACUGACUGCAAUUUUGGAAUCAGCAUGCCAAUUUUAGUUUUAAUCAGCAUAGAAAUCUAACUCGACAGAAUUUUUUUUCAAAUUGUUCCCUGAUCCAGCCCCGUGUCAGUGCAAAUGAAUAUCAGCUGGUUCAGUCCUAAUUGAUAACCUAAAAAAAGGUCUCAUUGCCAAGGUGAGAGCAGAGAGCUGUCUCAAGACCAUCACAAACUAUCCAUCCAUUUUCUGAGCCGCUUAUCCUCACAAGGGUCGCGGGAGUGCUGGAGCCUAUCCCAGCUAUCUUCGGGCAGGCGGCGGGGUACACCCUGAACUGGUUGCCAGCCAAUCGCAGGGCACAUGCAAACAAACAACCAUUCGCACUCACAGUCAUGCCUACGGGCAAUUUAGAGUCUCCAAUUAAUGCAUGUUUUUGGGAUGUGGGAGGAAACCGGAGUACCCGGAGAAAACCCACGCAGGCACGGGGAGAAGAUGCAAACUCCACAGAGGCGGGGCUGGGGAUUGAACCCAGGUCCUCAGAACUGUGAGGCAGACGCUCUAACCAGUCACCCACCGUGCCGCCCAUCACAAACUAAUUGUUGCAAAACAAUGAUGACAUUUGUUACAGGCACAUAUCUAAGCUUCUGAAUGUUCCAGUGUGCAAGGUUGGGGCCAUAAUACGGAAGUGGAAAGCCAAUCAUACUACCAUAAAUUUGCCUCAAUCAGGCGCUCCUAACAAGAUUUCUGACAGAGGAGUGGAAAGAAUAAUCAGGAGAGUUGUCCAAGAGCCAAAGACCACCUGUGGACAGCUUAAAAAAGACCUGCAACUAGCAGGUACUGUUGUCACAAGGAAAACCGUGAGUAAUGCACUCGCCGCCACAGCCUGUAUGCACACUCCACGCAAGACCCCAUUGGUGCGGGGGGGGAAAAAAGCAGGUCAAAGCUUGUUUAAAGUUUGCUGAACAACAUUUGGACAAGCCCAUUAAAUACUUGGAGAAUAUGGUGUGAUAAGAGCUAACUUGAACUCUUUGGACGCUAUAAUGCACACCACGUUUGGAGGAGAAAUGACACUCCACAUAACCUGAAAAACACCGUACCAACAGUGAAGUUCAGAGGUGGGAACAUGAUGGUGUGGGGCUGCUUUUCAGCAAAUGGUACCGGUAAGCUUAACAUUAUUGAAGGAAGGAUGAAUGGUCAAAUGUACCGAGGUAUUCUUUAUAAAAAUCUGCUGCCAUCUAUGAGGAUGAUGAAAAUGAAACGAGGGUGGACAUUUCAUCAGGAUAAUGAUCCAAAACAUACUGCCAAGGAAACUCUCGAUUGGUUUCAAAGGGGAAAAAAAAUAAAGCUGGUAGAAUCCAAUCGAAAAUCUAUGGAAAGAACUGAAAAUCAAGGUCCAUAAAAGAAGCCCACGGAACCUUCAAGAUUUGAAGACUGCUUGUGUGGAGGAAUGAGCCAAAAACACACUAGAGCAAUGCAUGUGACUCGUUUCUCCAUACAGAAGGUGUCAUUGCAAACAAAGGCUUUUGUACAAAGUAUUAAAUAAAUACCAGUUGCCAUGUUCAUUACUUUUCCCCUGUGCCAUUUCACAUGAUUACACAUAACUUAAUUUCUGAUCUUAUUUGUUUUACUUUCUUUGUAUGUAUGGAUUACUUGGGUUGUUCCCAACAUCUGGUGAAACCUUCAUGUCAAUAGCACCUUGGGAAAUAUAUUUAGUGAGAAAAAUGGUGACGUGUUAAAUACUUAUUUCAGCCGCUGUACAUACAUGAGAUGCAAGGACUCGAGCAUAUACUUUUGUAGUUUCAGCUGGGUUAAAAGUUGUAUUUGAGUGCUUGCUUUUAAUAAAUGGAGUUCGUUCUAU